UUUAUUUUAAAUCUAACCAGAACCACACUGCUGACUGUAUGUCUAACCUUAACCCCAAAUUAAGACCAAAUAGCACAUUUUGGAUUUCAUAUAUUUUUACGAAAUAGCCCAUUUUGACUUUGCCGCUGGCCAUCUACUAGCUAGGUGGAUACCCAUACCAACGAUUUGUUCUAUCUGUUCCGAUACCGGCCAAUCCAAAAUGGCGACCGCCGUUCCAGUUGAUUCGGGAUUGACUGCUCCGACAGGGUCCAGUGCGUCUCGGAAAAUGGCAUCUCCAGAGAUUCCUGGAUCCAGUCAGAGUAUGAAGAAGACCAUUGGACACAGAGGAGUUGAGACGAACACUGGAGAGACCACCUAUAAGAAGACUACGUCGUCAGCCCUGAAAGGAGCAAUUCAGCUGGGCAUCACUCACACUGUGGGCAGCCUGAGUCAGAAGGCUGAGAGGGAUGUUCUCAUGCAGGACUUUGUGGUGGUCGAGAGCAUCUUCUUCCCCAGUGAGGGCAGUAACCUGACCCCUGCCCACCACUACAGUGAUUUCAGGUUUAAGACCUACGCCCCCAUCGCCUUCCGCUACUUCAGAGAACUCUUUGGCAUCCGGCCAGACGACUACCUGUACUCUCUGUGUAACGAUGGCCUGAUAGAGCUGUCUAACUCCGGCGCCAGCGGCUCUCUCUUCUACGUGUCCAGUGAUGAUGAGUUCAUUAUCAAGACAGUGCAGCACAAAGAGGCUGAGUUUCUCCAGAAGCUACUACCAGGAUACUUUAUGAACCUGAAUCAGAACAAACGGACCCUGCUCCCUAAGUUUUACGGUCUGUACUGCAUCCAGGCGGGAGGGAAGAACAUCCGCCUGGUGGUGAUGAACAACCUGCUGCCCCGUGUGGUCCACAUGCACCAUAAGUACGACAUGAAGGGUUCCACCUAUAAGAGACGGGCCUCAGCCAAGGAGAGGGACAAGACUUUUCCCACCUUUAAAGACCUGGACUUCAUCCAGGACCUGCCUGAUGGACUACUGCUGGAGACGGACAACUACAACGCCCUUAGCAAGACCAUCCAGAGAGACUGCCUGCUCCUGCAGAGUUUUAAAAUCAUGGACUACAGUCUACUGGUGGGGAUCCAUAACCUGGAGCAGGCUAGUAGAGAGAGGGAGCGAGGUGGGGGGCAGAUGGGGGACAGUGGGGGGUCAGAGGGGGCAGUGACCCCAGACCAGCGCCGACCCCAGGCCCAGAAAAGUCUAUACUGCACAGCCAUGGAGUCUAUACAGGGAGAGGCCCGCGGGAAGGGAGCCCUGGAGUCUGAGGACCAUAUGGGCGGGAUCCCAGCCAGGAACUCUAAAGGAGAGAGGUUGCUGGUCUUUAUCGGCAUCAUCGACAUUCUGCAGUCCUACAGGUUCAUCAAGAAGUUGGAACACUCGUGGAAGGCCCUCGUCCAUGAUGGGGAUACAGUGUCGGUGCACAGACCAGGCUUCUACGCUGAGCGCUUCCAACAAUUCAUGUGUAACACAGUGUUCAAGAAGAUCCCAUUGAAGCUCUCCCCAUCCAAGAAGUCUCGUGGUGGGGGUCCGGGGGGUCUGAGGAGAGCUCCUACCCUGGGAGGCCCCACCCCACUCUCCCACGCUGCUGGACAGUCUGUGGUGGACUCCCGACUCGUCUACCAAUCACACUUUAACAAGGCUGACGCAGAGGGAGACAGUGGCAUGCAGUCGGGCAGGCCAGACCUGGUGCCAAGGACCCCUCCCCUGGCGGGAGGGUCAGGGGAUGCAGAGGCCAACUUUUCCACGUCCUCAUUAGGAAGCACAGGACUCACCUCCUCCUCUCCUCUGCUACAGUCAGUAGGGGUUGAGGUACAUAGAGCAGUAACAAGCACAGACCAAGACCACGGUGUCUCCCACAGUAUGGGUGCGGAAGUGGAAGCGUCAGGUGAUCAGUCGGGUAAUGAAGAUGCCAUCUCACUAUCCGACAUUGUCCCAGAGACUAACAUCUGCUUUUAACAACUGAUCUGGAGUCAUCUAAGGAAAAGGUGAUUCUGGAACCAAGGAGAAGAAGAAAAUCACCCCACGGCUGAAUCUAGUUGACGAUCCUUCGAAUGGAGGUUGACCAGAGAAGAGCCAAAGAGGAGCAGUAACAGAAGGACAGGACAGUGACCUGACCACACUGACACUAGCUUUUUAUAUCUGGGCCUUUGUGUCUGUCUGGUGCUAGUCUUGCUGAGCUGUGUCUCUCUCUCUCAUAUUUUUGUUUCUUUAAUGUCCUGUUACACAUACAUUCAAACUCUUGUUUGAGCAUGUUUUUAUAUUCUCACUACCAAUCAAAAGUAUCUUUGAAAGAAAAUUGACCGAUCAACCAGCAGGGUUGAAAGGAAUGAGUCAAUCAAAAUUCAGAGCGAGCUUUUAACGCACACUCUACACCUGCCUUUUUCUGUCUUCGUAUGGCAGUUCAAUUUCAUCACAUUCAUUCACACCCAGCCAUUUAGACUGUUUUGUGCACAAAGAUUAUAAGUGUUCUUCAAGCAAUGGUAAUUCUACCACCGUCAUUCAAGCACUUUGAUACUUUUAUCUGACCUAACUUUCAUUAAUAAGCAAAAAGGGAUUUCUGAUGGCUACAGAAAUGGCUGCUUCAUCCCACUGAGUUUGAGACUCACCACAUUGUGUGAAUGACUUUGUUUGCGUCUUUGUAGUACACCUCUUGUACAUUAACGUUUAUAUAAACAUGGGUUUGUUAUUUUCCCCCCAUUUGCUCAGUCAUUGUGUAGAAUACUAACACAAGCGCUGUGUGGUAGCUCAUACUAUUUAUCCUGUAGUAGGAUAUUUCAGACACAGGGAUACAUAUCACUACCUACUGGUUAUGCUAGAUCUUGUAUUUCACACCAACACAGUGUGAUUUUAAAGGGCCACAGUGGCCUGAUUGUGAGGACACAUUUCUAAGUAGAUGGGAGUGCACAUGUGGUCCAAAGCAGAGAGGGAGAGAUGGACAGACCGACAAACUGGGGGAUAUCAGCCUUUGGUGGAAAUGAUUAAUGUUCAUUGAUGCACCGUGAGACAAUAGGGAUGUUUAAAGGGAAUGGGGGAGUACAAGAACACAGCCAUGCCCUGAAGAAACUAGAGGCUGGAAGUGGAGCUCUUUCGGAUCAACUGUCAUGACAAAUUGGAAAAGCAAUCAAAAUGGUAUGGACUUGAACAUGGAUGAAGUUGCUGCAUAUGGAAACUACAUUGAAACCUAUGCUUCAGAUCUUGAGUUUUGAUUAACUUGAUGUUUUCCUAACGGAUCUGAGUUUAAUGACCCUUCAAACAGAGUUGCAGCGCUCACCGUUUGAGAGGAGCUGUACUGCAUGAUAAAUAUACGUAUUUUAAAGCACAUAGGAAGGAAGGGCACAAGAGGGGGUGGUAUUGGUUCCAAAUGAGUUAUUUACACAAGUUACUACAUGGUUUGAUUCAUUUCAAGUUCUUGUCUACUUUUCCUCGCGAACCCAACGUCUUUGCAAAAAGCUCAUAUGGUAUUUCUGGUUAAAUAAUUUCCAAACAUGGCCCUCAAUUAAAAGUUGUGCUCUUUUGAAUGUUUUGACCCUGAACCCUGCUCAGCUUCCCCAUCAUUUCAAAGAGCUCAGUUCAGUCUUGUACUUUUUGAGAACAGUUGGCCACCAAAGAAAACACUCCAAGCCCCAUUGUUCCCAUGUUUUGAAUCACAUUUUCAAUAGAUGGUAUUGUGUCUUAUUAUAACAAGGGCCUUAGUGUGACAACAGGGUCUGGAUUUGACUCCAUGAACGCUGAUCAUGACUUUUAGCGUAUGCUUAACUUUACAAACUAACAUCUGACAGAACAAUGUUGUUUUAAAGCCUGUGUGCUUCUGUGUAGAUGCUGGAUUAAACCCAUUGCAGCGUCUGGUGACUUGACUGGACCACAGCACAACAGACACCUCACCCUUUGGUGCUCAAAGGGCGGUACACUUGCAACACAGACACUACAGAACAUAUGAAAUAAUGUAAUAUGAACAAGUCUGCCAUCUUAAAGUUUCAAGAAUCGUAUUUAUUGUAUUUGUAUUAUGACCUUGUAGCCUGAAAUGAUUCAUAAGUUGUACAUGUACCGUAGAUGAUUGUACGUAUAAUAAUGUAUUCUUCUGACAGAAAAUGUCAGACUUAAGUAGUGUAUUGCAUAUGGGAGGGGAUUGUUUGACAAUUUCACUUUUUAUAUUUCAUGUUGCAUUUUGAUAGUGAUAUAUUCUCCAUUGUUCUGGGGCAAGGAUGUCCCAUGCUUUUCUACGUUGAAUGUUUCACACAGCCUCCGAGCCAAUGUUGCUGGUUACUGUCUAUGCUUCAAUUACUUUUUUUUUUACUCUGCCUGUAUAAAAUAUGUAUAUAGUAGUCACGGAAAUGCCUUCUCAUGCUGCCUGUUCCUUCUACCAUCUUUCAGUGAUGUAAUGUUUUUCAUAUUGGCUCUGAUUUUAGAAUAAACUUAUUUUCUAAA